CCGCCUGUUUUUCUUUUUUCUUUCUCAGUAGUUGUUUCACUUUGGCUUGGAGUCUGCUGGCGUAGAAGAAGUGAGGAACAAACUGAGUUCUUCUCGCCUGAUCGAUCACACCUGAUCUGAUGAUCCCAAUGGAUUAAAAAGAGGAGACAACAUUGCCUGUACAUGGAGGGUGUGUGUUUGUGGCUGGUGUGUGUGCGCGUCCUGAAUGUCCUGAGUGUCAGCGCUCAUGGCGGACCGGACAAAGGCGAGCACCCCCAUCCGGACCACCAACAUCACCAUUCCAAACCCAACACCAACUCAGAUCUGUGUGUCAUCGACCAGCAGCUCUGUCAGAAUGAGAACGCCUUGCUGAGUUUUGAAGCCAUCUGCAGCAUCCACAAGCUAAUGGACGAUGAUGCGGACGGCGCGGUGGACGCGACUGAGACAGACGAGUUUCUGCGGGAGGAUCUCCAGUAUCACGACCCGAAAGCCAAGCAUAGCAACUUCCACCGUGUGGACCUGCGCAUCAGCGUGGAGGACAUGUGGGAUGCCUGGAAGAACUCAGAAGUGUACAACUGGACAUGCGAGCAGGUGGAGGAGUGGCUGCAGCUCAGCGUCGAGCUCCCUCAAUACGCAGAAACCAUCCGCCAACACAGCCUGGAUGGCAAGGCAUUACCAAGGCUGGCGGUAAAAAACACCACCUUGACCGUGUCGCUGUUAAAGAUCUUGGACCGGAGUCAUGCCCAGAAGCUGCAGCUGAAGGCUUUAGAUACAGUACUGUUUGGACCACCUCCUGGUCUACAAAACCGUUGGAAGGACCUGGUUCUGGGCGUGUCCAUCCUGGCGGCGCUGGGCGGAUGCUGGUUCGCAUACAUCCAGACCAGGAGGUCCCGGGAUGACCUGGGCAAGCUGAUGAAGGACCUGGAGGGUCUCCAGAGGGCUGAGGAGAGUCUGAUGGACCUGCAGGAGAAGCUGCAGAAGGCUCAGGAGGAGCAGCGCUGUGUUCAGGUGGAGAAAGUGAAGGUGGAAGAGGAGCUGAGGAAUGAGAUCAACACCGCCAAGCAGGAAGCUCAGCGUCUCCGAGAGUUGCGAGAGGGCACCGAGAACGAGAGGAGUCGUCAGAAAUAUGCCGAAGAGGAACUGGAGCAGGUGAGGAUGGCACUAAAGAAGGCCGAGAGGGAGCUAGAGUCGCGAGCUCGUUGGGCGCCGCCGGAAGCUCUGCAGACGUGGCUGCAGCUGACGCAUGAGGUGGAAGUGCAGUAUUACAACAUCAAGAAGCAGAGCGCCGAGAAGCAGCUGCUACAAGCCAGAGAAGGGGCAGAGAAGAUCAAGAAGAAGAGGAGUUCUCUAUUCGGAACCUUUCAUGUGGCUCACAGCUCCUCGUUAGAUGACGUCGACCACAAGAUUCUCUCUGCCAAACAGGCCCUUGCUGAGGUGACGGCAGCCCUGCGAGAGAAGCUGCACCGUUGGCAGCACAUCGAGUCUCUCACUGGCUUCUGCUUGGUCAACAACCCGGGUCUGGGAGCUCUGGCCGCCGCCCUUAACUUGGACCCGUCCUUCCUGGGCCUUAGACCCUCCACCCCGCAACAUCUCCUGCUCUCCGACGAUCUCGACGACAUGGACGAGGACAUCCUGUCGCCUGGGACGCUGCAAUUCUGCAACUGGAGGCGACCAGUCUGGAACAGGACGCGACAUCACGUGCAACAAAGGUAUCGAAAUACGGCACCGUUGAAUUUGACAUGAAUCAAUGCCCGGUGGUAUCGACGGAAUUCAGUCGGUGCUUAUAAGAGUACCAAAUUCGGUACCCAUCCCUAUUCAGGAGAGACAAUAAUAUCCACAGUGCAGACAGCAGCCGGGAACAUUUCUAGCCAUAGAUAUGAAUGAGUAGAUAGACGACACACGUCUUAGAGCCGCAAGUUAGUUAAUGGCUACCGGGGCCCAAAUGUCUGAACAUUCUGUGGUUUUAGAAGGCACAGACGUUAAAUCUAGGCUGUUUGCUCGCCAAUUCAUUGUUUUCACUUAACAGGCAGUUAAAGUUCUCACGUAUCUAGUCAUUCAUACAUAUACAGUGAGGCAAAAAAGUAUUUAGUCAGCCACCGAUUGUGCAAGUUCUCCCACUUAAAAUGAUGAUGGAGGUCUGUAAUUUUCAUUAUAGGUACACUUCAACUGUGAGAGACAGAAUGUGAAAAAAAAUCCAGGAAUUCACAUUGUAGGAAUUUUAAAUAAUUUAUUUGUAAAUCAUGGUGGAAGAUAAGUAUUUGGUCAGUUCAAACAAGGAAGAUCCCUGGCUCUCACAGACCUGUAACUUCUUCUUUAAGAUGCUCUCCCGUCCUCCACUCAUUACCUGUAUUAAUGGAACCUGUUUGAACUUGUUAUCUGUAUAAAAGACACCUGUCCACAGGCUCAAACAGUCGGACUCCAAACUCCACUAUGGCCAAGACCAAAGAGCUGUCGAAGGACACCAGGAAAAGAAUUGUAGAUCCGCACCAGACUGGGAAGAGUGAAUCUACAAUAGGCAAGCAGCUUGGUGUGAAAAAAUCAACUGUGGGAGCAAUUAUCAGAAAAUGGAAGACAUACAAGACCACUGAUAAUCUUCCUCGAUCUGGGGCUCCACGCAAGAUCUCAUCCCAUGGUGUCAAAAUUAUCAUGAGAACGGUGAGCAAAAAUCCCAGAACCACACGGGGGGAACUGGUGAAUGACCUGCAGAGAGCUGGGACCAAAGUAACAAAGGUUACCAUCAACACACUACACCGACAGGGAAUUAAAUCCUGCAGUGCCAGACGUGCCCCCCUGCUUAAGCCAGUGCAUAUCCAGGCCCGUCUGAAGUUUGCCAGAGAGCACAUGGAUGAUACAGCAGAGGAUUGGGAGAAUGUCAUGUGGUUAGAUGAAACCAAAAUAGAACUGUUUGGUAUAAACUCAACUUGUUGUGUUUGGAGGAAGAAGAAUACUGAGUUGCAUCCCAAGAACACCAUACCUACUGUGAAGCAUGGGGGUGGAAACAUCAUGCUUUCGGGCUGUUUUUCUGCUAAGGUGACAGGACGACUGAUCCGUGUUAAGGAAAGAAUGGAUGGGGCCAUGUAUCGUGAGAUUUUGAGCCAAAACCUCUUUCCAUCAGUGAGAGCUUUGAAGAUGAAACGUGGCUGGGUCUUCCAGCAUGACAAUGAUCUCAAACACACCGCCCAGGCAACGAAGGAGUGGCUCCGUAAGAAGCAUUUGAAAGUCCUGGAGUGGCCUAGCCAGUCUCCAGACCUCAACCCCAUAGAAAAUCUGUGGAGGGAGUUGAAAGUCCGUGUUGUUCGGCGGCAGCCCCAAGACAUCACUGCUCUCGAGAAGAUCUGCAUAGAGGAAUGGGCCAAAAUACCAGCUACUGUGUGUGCAGACAUGGUAAAGACCUAUAGUAAUCGUUUGACCUCUGUUAUUGCAAACAAAGGUUAUCUUACAAAGUAUUGAGUUGAAAUUUUGUUAUUGACCAAAUACUUAUUUUCCACCAUGUUUACAAAUAAAUGUUUUAAAAUUCCUACAAUGUGAAUUCCUGGAUUUAUUUUCACAUUCUGUCUCUCACAGUUGAAGUGUACCUAUGAUGAAAAUUACAGACCUCUGUCAUCAUUUUAAGUGGGAGAAAUUGCACAAUCGGUGGCUGACUAAAUACUUUUUUGCCCCACUGUAUAUCUGUACUGUGCUCACUACAUCCAAAAACCAGGAAUUACGCAAUACUGCAUACAUCAGUAACCAAAGGAGCCUUGAAGACCCAUUAUUAUUAACAAUGAAAUGUAAUACAUUCAUAAUAUAUAAUGAGAAUGAUAUAAAAUAUAUUAACAAUAAUAAUACACAAUAUUGAUGGAUGUCUAAACAAUGGAUUUAUGAUCGUAAUUGAAUCCUAAGGUACCCAAAGAUUCCCACCUCUAGUCAACAAGCUAACGUAGCAUGUGUGUGCAUUAUUCCAUGUUGUGACUGACAAGACGUUGUUUGUCACACAUGUGGUUAUCAUGUUGAAGAAGUUGAUUUAGCCUACUGAUGUGUAUUUAUAAAUGGUUUAUUUAUUUAGGCUAGUAAGGUAAAAAGGAAAAGUCCAUAUAACACGUCACAGAUGACAUCACGCUAUCCUCACGUGACACCUCUGAUGAAGGCUGCAGAGUUAAGGUAACCGAAACGUGUCAGGUACAAAACUUUACCUUAUUAGCCUAUAUAUCCACCAUUCAUAAAUACAUAUGGUAUCAGAUUGAUUCGCUUGGACUCCCGCUAGUAGAAAUAGUACCUGCUAGUAUUAAUAGCCAGUAGAGCAGGGGUCACCAACGCGGUGCCCGCGGGCACCAGGUAGCCUGUAAAGACCAGAUGAGUAGCCCGCUGCUCUGUUCU